CGUAAGGAAGCGAGUCGAUCCUCAUUCCCAGGCAGCCUAGGAGGACAACAUUGUGGGAGAACAGAACUAAAACUUUAGCGAAGUCCUUGGCAGGGCCGCAUAAAGUUACUUCAACUCUUCUGACGCUUUCUUUGAUAGUUUCAAAGUUCAACACGCGACCCAGAUGUGGAAUUACUGAUGGAUUCGCGCUAUGAUAUUCCGCGGAGGGGUGCUGGUGGAGGCUUCGGCGGCGGGGGCUCUGCGAAUGCAUCCCCGGCGCUGACAGGAGCCCAGUCCCGGAGGAAGAAAAUGCCGCCUAGACCCGCAGACUACAAACUUCAGAUUAUCGUCAUUGGCUCCCGGGGAGUUGGCAAGACGAGCUUGAUGGAGCGUUUCACCGACGACACGUUUUGUGAAGCCUGCAAGUCAACUGUUGGUGUGGACUUCAAGAUUAAAACAGUGGAGCUACGCGGGAAGAAGAUUCGAAUGCAGAUCUGGGACACGGCUGGCCAGGAGCGCUUCAACAGCAUCACGUCUGCAUACUACCGCGGGGCCAAGGGCAUCGUGCUGGUCUAUGACAUCACCAAGCAGGAGACCUUCGAAGACCUGCCCAAGUGGGUCAAGAUGAUCGACAAGUACGCGUCGGAGGAGGCGGAGCUGCUGCUGGUGGGGAACAAGCUGGACUGCGAGACGGACCGCAUCGUAACUAGGCAACAAGGAGAGAGGUUUGCCUCCAGGAUAUCUGGAAUGCGUUUCUGUGAGGCGAGUGCCAAGGACAACUUCAACGUGGACGAAAUAUUCCUCAAACUGGUGGAUGACAUCCUCAGCAAGAUGCCUCUGGAGGUGCCCAGUAGAGAGCUGUCCAACAGCGUUCUCUCUCUGCAACCGGAACCCGACGUCCCACCGGAGCUGCCGCCCCCCCGCUCUCGCUGCUGCUGAACACACACACACACACACACACACACACACACACACACACACACACACACACACACAC